AUGCCUUGUCUGUCACUUGACGUGUGCCACAUCAUGUUAUGUGUUGUAUGGCAGCCGGAAGACAUCCCACAACAGUCGAACGCGGUUGACUGUGGGAUUUAUGUCGGCAUGUAUCUCCACGCCCUGGUUACAUCCGGCUUUUCUCACCUCAAAGAGUGGAUGACGUUCUUCGGCGCGAAGUCCCACGCCUACCGGCGCCAGCUCCGCGAGGAGGUGUCCCUACACGCCACAGGUGACCUUAUUGUCAAGCUGCUUGGGGAGGGUGUGGAUGUUCCCGUGCAGCCUCUUCCCCAGGUGGGAGAACACGGCGCCCUCGUCUUUCCCAAGGAGGACGAAGUCCCCACCGAGCUGGCGAGGCAGUCAGGCAUGAUAGCCCGUAUGGAGAUAGGGGGUUACGUUGUGUGUGCGGCUGUCAUGGGCCUGGCACGUUCGCUAGGCAUCUCGGAGGAACAACUGCUGAGUGGAGCGGCACACGAGCUUCAGGCACACGGGACGCCUCUGCUGGCUCUGUCCACGUCCAAGAACCACGUGGAGCACGCAGCAUCUAUGCGGACGCUCGGCAUGACCAUCCACCCGGCUCCAUGUCCGCUUCCGCUGCCAUCGUUCCCCUCUGCGCAUUUCGAGGGGGCGUCCCCCAUUAACAGUGAGCCCACACCGAUAGAUGUCAAGUCCAAGAAGGAGGAGCAGGAUCACCCAGCCGCUCCCGUGACUCCGGCAGCACCGCUGACGGUCUCGCGCUCUGCAAGGUAUCGCCUCCGUCUGGGGAUUAGGACUGCAGGACGGGCCGUGCGUCAGACCAGCAUGCUUGCCUCGUACGGUGGCCGGCCUGCAUCCAGUCGCUGGACAGGUGUGAGUUGGUGCCCACGCGGCCAAAAGUCUAGGGUUAAGAUAGUGUGCGGCCCAGGCACUGGUCAGCAGAUAAGGCUGGGUGCGUAUACCGUGGAGCUCAAUGCGGCGUAUGCGUAUGCCGCGGCGGCAUACGUGAUCGGGCGUAAUGACCACAUCCAGCACGUGAUGGAGCUGUCGGACGCGGAGAAGGCAUCUCUGAUGGGGUGUGUUCGCGACGACGUGCGUCAUCUGGUCAAGGCACGGAUGUGGUGGAGGUGGCGUCAGUGGAGGACAGCGCUGGCAGAGCUGGGCAUUGCUCCUAGAACUCCCUUCCCACUCGAGAACAAUGGCACUCGGUCACCGGACAACAUCGGUAGCGAUGAAGACGUGCAGGGAAGGAUGGGUCCUGAUGUGGAGGCGGCGUGCGAGUAG